AUUUGCACAAGUGGAGGACAGAAUUCUCAACGCCUCCGAUUAGCCAGCUGGACAGAGAAGAAGGGCUGGAAGAAAGAAGAUGGGGCUCCUUAGCUGCCUGAGUCUGGCCUUCCUUGGCCUCCUGAUUGCAGGUGCAGAAGGAUCCUCUUGCCCCAGUGGCUGGUUGUUCUACCAAGGCAGCUGUUACGGAUUAUUCCACGAUAGAGUGACCUGGGCUGAGGCAGAGAUUGACUGCCAGAGCCAGGGCCGCAACGGCCACCUCGCUUCUAUUGCUAGCCAAGCCGAGGGAAUGGUGUUGGCCAAGCACAUUAUGGCCUACCAGAAGGGGUGCGUCAAUGUCUGGAUCGGUCUGUUUGACUACCACAAGAACGGACGCUGGAGAUGGUCCGAUAGAUCUCUGGUAAACUACAAGGCCUGGUUUACUAAUAUGCCUGACAAUUUUCAGCAAAGUGGGGAAUACUGCGUGGAGCUUUGGUGUCAAGCAGGAUAUGUUAGGUGGAACGAUGUGGUCUGCAAAGAGGAGCGCCCGUACAUCUGCAAGUUUGACCUUUAGAGCAGGCAGUUGCUUCUCUUACGCUCCAGAAAGUGUGCAGUACUAUGACGAGCCGAUCCCUUCAUACAAGAGAUGGUCCACAGUACAGAGUCUGCCCUUCUUGGACCCCAGAUCUGCACCCCCACAGACUGGCUGUGUGCUUGCUUCCUUAUGAAUCUUGGCUGUAAAAUGGGAUAACAAUAAAAUCUGUCUGUUUGCAUAGCAUACUAAA